AUGGGCAACUCACCAAGGGUAGGAGUGAUAGGCCUAGGGGCCAUGGGUAUGGGCAUGGCCUCGACGCUGCUCCGGGAGGGGUUCGACACCACUGGCUUCGAUGUCUCUUCGUCUGCCAUGGAGAAAUUCAAGCAAAACGGCGGCAAGGGGGCGAGUUCGCCUCGCGGUGUCGCCAUGACCGUCGACAUUCUUGUUGUAGUCGUGGCCAAUUCAGACCAGACCUCUUCGGUCUUGUUCGACCCGCAGACAGGGGCAGUGCCGGCCCUGCCUCGAAACGCCGUCAUUCUCCUUUGCAUCACUGCCUCGCCCGACUAUGUGAUGGGUCUCGGAGGACGACUACGAGAAGCCGGGCGCUCUGACAUCCGGGUUAUAGACUGUCCCAUCUCGGGCGGCGAGUUGCGCGCGUGGCAGGGAUCUCUUUCGCUGCUGUGCGCAGGAGAGGAUGCGGACAUCGACACCUGUCGACCUGUUCUGGACGCCCUGAGUUCACGCUUACAUGUCAUUACGGGUGGCGUAGGCGCCGGCUCUCGACUUAAGUUGGUGCAUCAAAUCCUGGUGGGUGUGCAUAUUAUCGCAGCCAACGAAGUCAUGGGUCUGUGCCAUCUUGCAUGCAUGAAUCUCCAGUCCGUCCACGACCAAGUGAUGGGCUCAGACAGUGCAAGUUGGCUCUUUGGACAGAGAACAUCGCAUGUGAUUGACGGAGAGAAGGUGCCUGCAUCGUCUUUGCGCAUCAUCGCAAAGGACCUGGCUAUGGUCAUGAACUACGGCGACCGUUACAAGGCCACCCUGCCUCUAGCUUCGAUCGCCCAUCAGCUCUUCCUCCAGGUCCAGUCGGCCGGCUGGGGCGUGGAAGAUGACUGUCUCGUCCUGAACGCGUACUUGCUUGGCAGAGGCGACAUGGAAACGGUCAGGAAGGGCGUGGACCAGAGUCAAGCCUCACAUGAAUACGGCCUCGAGGCGGGGGCAAUCUGCGACUUGCUUCUCGGGAUCCACAGCACGAUCGCUGUCGAGGUGCUUCGGUUUGCUCGAGGCUUGGGACUGGACAUAGCCAAUGUCAGGGAGGUCGUCAAGGACGCGGCAGGUUCCAGCGUCGUGUUUGACAAAAUCUGCGGCGAAGUGAUUGGAAGGGACUCGUUCAGUCUCGGCAAGCUCAACAACUCGACGACGAUCCGCGAAAAAUUGUCUCGCGCCAUCCAUGCUGCAGCUCGACUCCAUUACCCUCUGUUUCUCAGUGCGGAGGCACUUCAGCAGUGGUACAAUCCCUAG